AUGGAGACGUGGAGCGGCCCCACCCGGCUUGUGCCCUUUUUCACGUCCCGGCCCCCCUCCCGGAGUCACUGGGGCAUCCCCUCCCUCGCCCCCACCCCAGCCCCUGGCCCCGCCCCGCUCGUCCAGGACCCCCCCGUGCCCCCCGAGACUGCCCCCCCCCCUCCCCCCGGUCUGUGCGGCAUGCCGGGGCUGGUCCUGAGAAGUGCUGGUGGUUCUCUCGGGUGGAGACGAUCGCGUGGCGCUGGCUCCGAGAGUACGUGGGCCCAGGCUGAGGUUGCCCAGCUCUCCAUCAUCGACCUCAUUGUCGUGGUGGCUUCUGUAAUCGUGCUGUCCGUGGGCUCCAAAGGACAGGUGUUUGCUACCUCUGCUGUCAGAGGGAUCCGCUUCCUCCAGAUCCUGCGGAUGCUGCAUGUGGACCGACAGGGAGGAACCUGGAGGCUUCUGGGAUCUGUAGUCUUCAUACAUCGGCAGGAGCUGAUCACCACGCUGUACAUCGGCUUCCUGUGCCUGAUCUUCUCGUCCUACUUCGUGUACCUGGCGGAGAAGGAUGCGGUGGACUCCAGCGGGGUGACCGAGUUCGCCAGCUACGCCGACGCGCUGUGGUGGGGAGUGGUGACAGUCACGACCAUAGGCUACGGAGACAAGGUUCCACAGACCUGGAUCGGCAAGACGAUCGCUUCCUGUUUUUCCGUCUUCGCCAUCUCCUUUUUCGCGCUGCCCUCCGGGAUCUUGGGUUCCGGUUUUGCUCUGAAAGUCCAACAGAAGCAGAGGCAGAAGCAUUUCAACAGGCAGAUUCCAGCAGCUGCCUGUCUCAUACAGAUGUGCUGGAGGUGCUAUGCGGUGGAGAACCCAGACUCUGCCACCUACAGGAUGUUUGUGAGGAAGAGGCCGGUGGUCCCCUCCUCCUCCGUGUCCAGUCCUCAGCCCAAAAAGACGGUGAGGACCAGGAGGAAGCUGAAGAGCGAGAAGGACACGCUGACCAAAUCGCCCACGGUCCCCAGCAUCAUCUACGACUCCGUGUUCGACGACACCAAGGAGUACUGCAGCGACAGCCCCACCUCCAGCUCAGUGGCCCACCACUCACUGAGAAUAUUAGCCCGACAGCAGACCUGGCCGUCUGUGUCCUCUCUACAUUCCAGUUCUCCAGCACCAGUGAAGAAGAGCAUGGCGUUUUUGGAUAUCCAGGCCUCUCAGGUGCUGAAGCGCAACAGCAGUUUUGCAGACGACCUGGAGCUGGAGGCGGAGAGAGAGAGCGUGCUCACACCUGUCACUCACGUGUCACAGUUCAGGGAGACCCAUAGGGCAGCGAUUAGGGUGAUUCAGAGGAUGCAGUACUUCGUGGCCAAAAAGAGGUUUCAGCAAGCACGCAAGCCCUACGACGUGCGAGACGUGAUCGAGCAGUACUCACAGGGACACCUCAACCUCAUGGUGCGCAUCAAGGAGCUCCAGAGGAGACUUGACCAGUCAUUGGGGAAGAUGAGUCUGUUCCAGACCAGCUCAGAGAGGACGCGGGACAAAGGCACCAACACCAUCGGCAGCAGACUCAACAGGAUGGAGGAGAAGAUGGUACAGAUGGACCAAACGCUGCAGCGGGUGGCGGACGGGCUGAACAUCCUGCUGGCCCAGCAGGGGCAGAGACAGGCGCCGGGAGGCGGAGUGGGGGGGCAGGGUGCAGCAGCGCACCUGGGGGGGAUGUACAGCCUGCCCACCUAUGAACAGCUCAACAUUCCACCUGCCUCCGUCACCAAGGAGCACUGCUCCUGAACUGCUGCCUCACCUGAGACUGCGCGGUGUGGGUCACUGUAACUGCACACUGAGUCACUGUGACUACACACUGAGUCACUGUGACUACACACUGAGUCACUGUGACUCAGACACAGUGUGUAGUCACAGUGACUACAUACUGAGUCUGAGUCACUGUGACUACACACUGAGUCACUGUGACUACACACUGAGUCACUGUGACUGCACACUGAGUCUGAGUCACUGUGACUACACACUGAGUCACUGUGACUACACACUGAGUCACUGUGACUGCACACUGAGUCACUGUGACUGCACACUGAGUCUGAGUCACUGAGUCUGAGUCACUGUGACUGCACACUGAGUCUGAGUCACUGUGACUACACACUGAGUCUGAGUCACUGUGACUACACACUGAGUCACUGUGACUACACACUGAGUCUGAGUCACUGUGACUACACACUGAGUCUGAGUCACUGAGUCUGAGUCACUGUGACUACACACUGACUCUGAGUCACUGAGUCUGAGUCACUGUGAC